AUGUCUAACUGGUAUCCAGGCUCGGCCUCUCCUCUGAUGCAGUUUGCGAGCGAAGAGGGUAAUCAACGGAACAGGGAGCCUUGGGAUUAUGAGAUUAUGGACCAUGCCAAAGGAGAAUUCGGCGAUAGGAGCCGUCACAAUUCUCGUCAAGCCUCAAUGCCUGCCAUACACGACAUGGAUGGUGCCUUGUAUGCGAACAACGGUUACCCUCAGACCCAGGGUCCUAAUCUUUCGGGUGGACUAUCAAGAAGUGGCGUUACAGCUCAACAUAUCCCAGUUACCCCACCUCAACAUAGCAGUUAUUUCGAUUCCAUUGUAGGGCAACAAUAUGUUGCCUCUCAACAGAGCUAUUCCAACCCAUCUACGACUUUCGGCAAAUAUGACUACACCCAUAACGCCUUAAGAAAGUCCCCUUAUUCUACCAACGUUGCAAAUGAAAUCACAAAUCACAGUGAUGCCACUGUGGAUAAAGUCCCACUACACGUGCCAUAUACUGACACUGAAUGGAAAGAUCCUCUACAACGUUUGGGCGAAAAACGCCCCACCACGAGCGCUGGCGCUGCUAAGAUCCAAUUUCAACACCAUAUACAAGGGCUAUCCCUGCCGUACAAUGUCCCAGGACUGCCAGACACUCGUGACUCUGAACACACCACUGGCUAUGAUCCUCAACAAGGAAUUUCCCAGACCCCAUUCAACAUCAACAGUACCGUUGCUGAUAAUGCAGCGAUCUACUGCUCACCGGCGCCUUCUGCGCAUAUAUCGCCGCGCGCAAUUCCAAACAUAUUGAACCCAGAUUUUUUCAAUGCGAACAGUAAUCCUCUUGCUACUUCCUCCCAGAGCCGCGUCUCAAACAACCAGGCUUCCCAAGGCCGGGCGCAGCCAACCAAUGGUCCUGCUUUCAACUCUACUGGAUAUAAUGACUCCACACCGGAUCCUCAACAAGGAAUUUCCCAGACCCCAUUCAACAUCAACAGUACCGUUGCUGAUAAUGCAGCGAUCUACUGCUCACCGGCGCCUUCUGCGCAUAUAUUGCCGCGCGCAAUUCCAAACAUAUUCAACCCAGAUUUUUUCAAUGCGAACAGUAAUCCUCUUGCUACUUCCUCCCAGAGCCGCGUCUCGAACAACCAGGCUUCCCAAAGCGGGGCGCAGCCAACCAGUGGUCCGGCUUUCAACUCUACUGGAUAUAACGACUCCACACCGCCUUCAAUGACAGAAGAUUCUGACGCUAGCGGCAGUUCAAGAUACAAGAGUGGCAGUAGCAAUAAUCGCUCUGCUGCCUUAAGGGGCGGAAUUCUCGCGGGAUAUAGUAACGCAGUUGCGUCUAUCAAGAAUUUCCCGCGCGCAAACACCGAAACCCAGUCAAGGUGCGGCUGGGAUAAUUGCAACAUGGUGAUCGACAACUCGUCUCGAGGUUUGGUAAAACACAUCCUCGAAGUUCACGAUACGGACACGACGGUGUCAGGACUGGAUGUUAAUUGCAGGUGGGGAACUUGCAAUGGAACAACGUAUUCUGGUGGCACGUCCUUUGUCAAGCAUAUUAGAGGAACGCACCUGCGCCUUGAAGACAUCAUCUGCCCAUACUGUGGUGUUGUCAUUGCAAACGGGGUAUCACCCACAAGGAAGCAUAUGCUUCGACAACACAAAGACAUACAACUACUUAAGUAA